AAGUCUGCCCGGUGGUGAUGAUGAACGCAAGAGUGACAUCAGGAAAUAAGGUAACAGGAUUAAGAGAGUACUGUAGUACUUCUUUUAUCUUCUCCAUGGCGGACAGGCCGGGUUAGUCACAGCCUACUUAGGACCUUAGGUGCUCUCUUCUGCCGUGCCGACCUCCCCCACCUGAGAAUAACCAGUGGUGGGGUCAAGAAGUUGCUUCUUGCGAAAACUCCGCAUUAACAAGCAACCAAGCGCCUGAGCAAUUCUAUUAUAAAAGUCGAUAGUUUAAGGCCUUUUUCCUCUUGUCUAGGUUUCUCCAAAGAUUCGAUUGCUCUCCCUCUCUCCCUCUUUUCACAUCUUUAUUUCUCCUCAUUCAACAUCGUCGUCAUGGCUGAUACCGUUGGUAAGACCAUCAAGUGCAAGGCCGCCGUCGCCUGGGAAGCUGGUAAGCCCCUGAGCAUCGAGGAGGUCGAAGUAGCGCCCCCGAAAGCCCACGAAGUUCGGAUAAAGGUUCUAUACACUGGAGUCUGUCACACAGAUGCCUACACGCUAUCGGGCAAGGACCCAGAAGGCGCAUUUCCCGUCGUCUUGGGACAUGAGGGAGCUGGUCUCGUCGAAUCUGUGGGUGAGGGUGUCACCAACGUGAAGCCUGGAGACCACGUCGUCGCACUCUACACACCGGAAUGUAAGGAGUGCAAGUUCUGUAUAUCCGGCAAGACCAAUCUUUGCGGAAAGAUUCGAGCGACCCAAGGCAAAGGUGUCAUGCCGGAUGGUACCUCUCGGUUUACCUGCAAAGGACAAUCUCUUCUCCACUUCAUGGGAACCUCCACAUUCUCUCAGUACACUGUCGUAGCCGAUAUCUCUGUUGUCGCUGUCCAACAGGAUGCCCCCAUGGACCGAACCUGUCUGCUAGGUUGUGGUAUCACUACCGGCUACGGUGCUGCGAGAAUUACUGCCAAGGUCGAGGAAGGCUCCAACAUCGCCGUUUUUGGUGCUGGCUGUGUUGGUCUGUCAGUUGUUCAGGGUGCUGUCACGCAGAAGGCAGGCAAGAUUAUCGUCGUCGACGUAAACCCAUCCAAGGAGGAAUGGUCGAAGAAGUUCGGCGCUACCGAUUUUGUUAACCCCACCAAAUUAGACGGACAGACGAUCCAAGACAAGCUCAUCGAAAUGACCGACGGAGGCUGUGACUACACCUUCGACUGCACAGGUAACGUUGGCGUUAUGCGAGCAGCCUUAGAGGCUUGCCACAAGGGCUGGGGUCAGAGCAUCAUCAUUGGUGUCGCGGCUGCCGGUCAAGAAAUCUCUACUCGACCAUUCCAAUUGGUUACCGGUCGUGUAUGGAAGGGCUGCGCUUUCGGUGGUGUCAAGGGUCGAUCACAACUACCCGGUCUCGUCACCGAUUACCUAGAAGGCAAAUUAAAGGUGGACGAAUUCAUUACCCACCGAGAAGAGCUGGAUGACAUAAACAAGGCAUUCGAGACGAUGAAGUCUGGAGACUGUAUUCGCUGCGUUGUGAAGAACUUUUAAAAAGGGGUAUUGAGUUAGGACGCUUGUCCGGAGGGCUGACGGCGGGUUUUUAUGUACAAUGGGUUCUGGCGAGUUAAGAAAGUAAAAUACAAAUUGUAAUUCCAAUGAAUUAUUCCGCUCUUUUGAGCAAUGACCUAAACUAA